UAAAACAUAAAAACAAUUCAAGAAUGAUUUCUACCCAAUUACAACAAAUUCAAAAUGAAAUAAACAGAUUGAAGAAAGAAAACGAAAAACUAGAAAAUGAAAAUAAUGAUAUAUUAAAAAACAGUCAAUAUGAUAAAUUAUUAAAAACAAACCAAGAACUAAAAAAAGAAAACGAAAUUGCUAAUACAGAAUACGAAGAAAAGCUAAAAAAAGUUGAUAUCUUGGAUAAAAAAAUAGAUAUUAUAUUAACUAAUUUAAAAUUUGAAACUCCCACUGGUAUACUUCAGUCAACCGACAUUGAAGAAAAAAUAGAAACUAUUGUUGAAUUAU